CUGAUCAGUCAUCACCAGCUCCCACUUGUGUGAAGUCAAUCGCUCUGUUACAGCGAACUGAUUCACGUUCUUGUUCUACCAAAUUACACGAAUUCCAAAGCUGAAUUUCAUCAGAAACUCUCCACAUCGGGCAAAGUUUUUCCUGAUUCAACAGAGAUGAGAACGACGGCAUUUUCACCAUCAAACCAUUGGAACCCCGCCUUCCGAAACUCCCAGAUCACACCACAACGUCCUAAAACCAACGCCAAACCAUUUCUUUUCAACGCCAAGAACCCUUUGAAUCACCGUCAAGCUCAUCCACCAUUUCCUUCCUUCUCCAUAAACCCCUCGAAAAACCCACCAACACCCAUCUCUCAAAAUCCCAACUUUGACCCGCCGCCCUUGGUGGUCGUCGGAUCGGCGAACGCCGACAUAUAUGUCGAGAUCGAGCGGCUGCCGAAAGAGGGAGAGACGAUCUCGGCCACCUCCGGUCAGACUCUUGCCGGCGGCAAGGGCGCGAACCAAGCCGCUUGCGGGGGCAAAUUGCGUUAUCCCACUUAUUUCUUGGGCCAGGUUGGUGAAGAUGCUCACGGGAAGUUGGUUUCUCAGGCACUUGAGGAUAGUGGGGUCAAACUUGAUCAUCUUAACACUGUGAGUGGGACCCCCACUGGGCAUGCGGUGGUGAUGCUGCAAUCUGAUGGGCAGAACUCGAUCAUCAUCGUCGGUGGUACCAACAUGUCCUCUUGGCCUGAGGUUUUGCCUGAUGAGGACUUGGAGCUCGUGAAGAAUGCUGGGAUUGUUUUGCUCCAGAGGGAAAUUCCUGAUUUUGUCAACGAUCAAGUUGCCAAGGCUGCAAGGAGUGCAGGUGUUCCAGUCAUUUUGGAUGCUGGGGGAAUGGAUACACCAAUUCCACAUAAACUUUUGAGCUCUGUUGACAUAUUUAGCCCAAAUGAAACAGAGCUCGCUCGCCUCACUGCAAUGCCCACAGAAAAUUUUGAACAAAUAUGCCAAGCCGUAGCGAAGUUUCAUGAAAUGGGAAUUAAGCAAGUAUUACUAAAACUUGGGGACAAAGGCUCUGCUUUGUUCAUAGAAGGGGAAGACCCAAUCAAGCAACCCAUCAUAAAAGCAAAGAAGGUCCUCGACACGACCGGAGCUGGUGACACGUUUACUGCUGCUUUUGCUGUGGCUCAUGUCGAGGGCAAAUCGAAAGCAGAGUGCCUCAGAUUUGCCGCGGCAGCAGCUUCUCUCUGUGUCCAAGCGAAGGGCGCCAUUCCUAGCAUGCCGGUUAGAGAAUCGGUUUCAGAUCUUCUGCAGACUCUCUGAAGAUUUUGAACGUUAGACAGUCUUAAUGAUGUAAUGCAAUGAACAAUAUCAAAGUUUUUUUCUGAGGAGCUGACGAGGAGCAAACCGACACUAAUUUUUCCAGGAAUGAUGGCACGGUUUUUCUUCUCAAGAUUUUCUGGAGAUAAAAGAAAGAUUGCAUGCCCACUUUUGACUGUGCUGGAAGUACAGGGGUAUCUAAGCACUGUUACUGUACAGAAACUAAAUGGUUCACUGCUUGCUAAAAUGAACAUUAUUUAUAUUGUUAACUUUGCAUCUGAAAGCUACAUGUUGCUGAAUUUUAA